AUGAUCAUCUACAUGAAAAAUAUUGAUAAUAAACAAGGUAUGAAACCGUGGGAACAAUUACUAGUUAUGUAUCCAGGUUUGGUUGUACCAAUUCAGGAAAGUUGGAAUGAUCCAUUGUCAAUACGUAAGAUUUAUAUGAUUACACCAACCAAAACACGUGCUGAACAAAUUGCUGAUUUAACACGAUUAGCACAAACACUCUAUUUAAUUCCAAAUCUUUUUUGGAUUAUUGUCGAAGACGAAUCUCAACGAACAGGUCGUCUCCAUCGUUUACUUCAAUCAUUUAACUUACCGUUUAUUCAUUUAAAUAUUGCGACACCAGAUUAUUUAAAACCAACAAAAAAUCAAUCCACAUGGCGUCGACCACGUGGAAUGCACCAAAAAAAUAUUGCUCUUCAAUGGAUACGUGAAAAUACAAAUACAAAUGAUGAUGCGCUUGUUUAUUUUGCUGAUGAUGAUAAUUCAUAUCAUUGGAAAUUAUUUCAAGAGAUUCGAAAAGUUCAAUUAGUUGGUGUUUGGCCAGUUGGUCUUGUUGGUGAACUAUUAUAUGAACGUCCGAUUUGCUUAAAUGGAAAAGUUUAUUCUUGGUUUCAUUAUAUUUAUCGAAAACGAAAAUUUCCAACUGAUAUGGCUGGAUUUGCGAUUCAUUUGGGUCUUGUUCACAAGCAUUCAAAUUAUCUAUUUAAUGUCAGCGCUAAUAGUGUAGGUGAACAAGAAUCUAAUAUACUUGAUGCAAUGACAAGUAUGAAUCAACUUGAAUGUUUAGCUAAUAAUGCUUCUAAAAUUUAUGUUUGGCAUACAAAAACUCAAUCUAUGUUUUUAACAACGACGGAAAAAUUACGAAAUGCAGGAAUGAAGUAUGAUCUAAUCAGUGAAUUGUAA